AUGGAUUAUGGAUUGGCAAGGAAUCUACCAUUUAGGACCCUGCUGAAAAUCAUCUACAUCCUCCCAACCGUGGCUUAUGGACAGCUGCUCCCUUUGGAAGAUGCACAAUAUGAGGAGCACGUGGUCAAAGGUGUGCGUGAUCAGUCGGUGCUGCUGACCUGCGGUGAUGUGGUCUUCCCCAUGGUUGUCUUCUGGAGCUUCACCAAGCAAGGCUCACUCGUGCCCAGAGCCGUUGCCAUCAGCAAUGGCAUAGAGUCCAAGGUGGAGAAGGCCUCUACCGUCCUUGGAGAUGUGACUCUCAAGAACAGCACGCUGCUGAUAGAGAAGCUCCGAAGGGCAGCAGAGGGGCGCUUCAUGUGCCAGGCACUGUACGAGGAAGAUGGGGAGAUCAGGGUGGCUUACUUCUAUAUCGAGCUCCAUGUUUUGGUUCCUGUUUCAAAGCCCUUCCUACAGAUGAACAAUUCAACACCUGUGGAAGGCAUGACUGUCGUGAUGGCUUGUACAGUGAAAGAAGGGACGCAUCCUGUCGAAUAUUCCUGGCACCGCCACACCAAUCGGGAUGGCACAUCAGCCGUCAUGGAGACCGCGGGUGGCCUGUUGAACCUGACAGCAGCUAACCGAACUCACAUGGGCUGGUACACCUGCACCGCCCAAAACGAAGUCAACAGCCAAACCAGUGACAGAAUGUAUCUUGAUGUCAUCUAUGGACCCGAUGAGCCCGUGAUCAGCGUGGAGCCCUUUGCCAUUAACCAGCACGGCUUCCUGGCCAACGAGCAGGAAGAGGUGAUCAUGACUUGCCUGGCGCCCUCUAAUCCACCCAGCCACUACAUCUGGUUCUACAACAGCUCCCAGGUCUACUCAGGCCAGAAGUACGUGAUCACCAGGAUCUCCCGGACCCAGACGGGCAUCUACACAUGCCUGGCCCAAAACCUGCACCUCAACACACGCACCCAGACCGCCAUCACCUUGACCGUCUACUAUCUGCCCAAGGGGAAGCCCAGCUGUGUGCCGCUGCCGGCGGCCAAUUUCCGAGACCUUGCUCUGCACUGUUCCUGGCCAGGGGGCUUCCCCCCAGUGCGGCUGCGGUGGGUGAAAUCCGGGCAGGAGGGAAACCACACGGCCACCUACUCCAAUGCCACCCAAAUCCAUCGGGGCAUGGCCGUUCACAACGGGAGCUCAUACGCAUGCCUGGCUUCCCACCCGGCCCUGCAAGAGGACGCCGUCUGCAAGAGCACUGUCUUGGUCCCAGGAGGGAGCCCAACCUGCAGCGCUGUGGCGACAAAGCAGAACGAGUUCCUCAUGCUGACCUGUGACUGGGCAGGUGGAGCGCCCCGGGUGACCCUCUGGUGGAGAGACUGGAGGGACCGCGUGCUGGGGGGGCUGAAGCAGUCCCACAACAUCUUCGUCAUGAAGUCCAACGCUACUCUGGGAGGCAAGGAAUUCACCUGUGUGGCUGCUCACCCUCUUCAGGCAAGGGCUGCCGAGUGCCACAUCCGGCUGGAACCUCCCAGGAUUGCAGUCGAAAGAUCCAAGGUGACUCUUUUUGAAGGGAAUGAAGCCCAGCUGGCCUGUCUCCUCCAAGGUGCUUACCUGGGGUCAGAAGUCUUCUGGUACAACAACAAGAACCAAGUCAUUAGAGCAGAUGCUAGGAAAUACCGACUGCAUCAGGAGAAGGCCUGGUUCAACCUGACCCUCCAGGACACAGAGUGGAUGAGAGACAGUGGCAUCUACCGCUGUGCAGCCGUGAACGCCGUGGGCAACACUUCUGCCGCCAUCACCCUGCAGGUUAAAAAGUACCCCACCCCGCCCAAUGUGACAAUUAGCAAGCUGAUGUAUACUCGCCACCGCACGGAGGUGGAGCUGGCAUGGCAGACCCAGGGCUCGGGCAACCUGACUGGCUUUGUGGUCCAAAGGAGGGAAGCCAAAAAGGCCCUUAAGAGGCAGCUGGCCAGCAGCUGGGAAACCGUGGCCAGCGAUAUUGACCCCGACAUCCGUGACCAGAAGCUGGGUGGGCUGGAUCCUGCGGUGGUGUAUGCCUUCCGCAUCCUGGCUGUCAACCACCGCACCACUGGGCACCCCUCUGAAGUGAAGACACCAGCUGACCCUCCGUUUAACGCUUACCCUGCCGUGAUCGGUGCUGCAGCGGCAGGAAUGAUUGUGGCGACGGUCGCGUCCCUUCUGGUGUUUCAGUACAUCGUUCGGAACCGGGCGAAUAACCCAAGAUUACACGACCUGCUCUUCCGAAUGGCUGGUGCAGAAGCUCGUGAGCACAUCAGCACUCCAGAAGAUGCAGAGACAGCAGCAGACUUCGAUGGUGAACCCCAUGAGCCUGUCGGAGCACCUUCAGGUGGAACUGGUGACACACUGGCAGGUGCCAGCCAGGAGGAAGCUAUCACGGCCCCAGAAGGUCCUACAGCGGCCCAAGAAGAUGCCCCAUCUCCACCCUCUGCUCCAGAACCUGCUCCUGCUGCUGCAACAACCGUUGAUGAUGAUCCAGUUAAUGUCACAAUCACGGUGACGGCGACCCCAUGA